AUGGCCAAGUGGCUCCGGGAGUACCUGGGCCGGGGGGCCCGGCGCUCCCCCCCCCGCCCGCCCCAGCCCGACUACAGCGGCGGCGAGCGCCGCCCCACCGGCACCGGGAGCGGGGCCCCCCCCGCCGCUCUCCCCGGUGCUGCCCUCCGCGGCCCCGCUGCCUCCCCUCGGCACCGGCUGGUGCGGGUGGGGGGCGCGGGGCCGGGGGGCGGCCCCCGCCGGCUGGAGCAGGGCCCCGGCGAGAGCGAGUACUCGGAGCCCUUUGAGGGGGAGCAGGACCCAGCACCCGAGGGUGGCUGCGAGGAGCCCGGCGAGGCCACAGGGUGCCCGCGGCAGGGCGAGGGCCGGCGGGCGAGGCCGCGGCGGGGACCCCAGCUCUACGACACCCCUUACGAGGAGUGGGAGACGGCAGGGGAGGGCCCGGGGGUGCCCGCCACCCGGGAGAGCCGCCUGCCCCGCGACGACGAGCGUCCGGCCGACGAGUACGACCAGCCCUGGGAGUGGAAGAAGGAUCACAUCUCGCGGGCGUUCGCAGUGCAGUUUGAGAGCCCCGAGCGCUCCCCCAGCCUGUCCCGGCAGCUGCCGCGGCCCCCCCGGCCCCCCGCCGGUGCCAGGCCGGGCUGCCCCCCCAGCCCCAGGCACGUGGACACCUCGCUGCCCCUGGAGAAGCAGGCGUGGUACCACGGCCCCAUCGGGCGGGCGGGCGCCGAGACGCUGCUGGCGCUGUGCCGUGAGGGCAGCUUCCUGGUGCGGGACUGCGAGACCAGCCCCGAAGACUACUCACUCUCGCUCAGGAGCAGCCAUGGCUUCGUGCACGUGAAGCUCACGCGGACACGGGAGCAGCACUUCGUGCUUGGCCGCGCUGGGGCCGCCUUCCCCUCGGUGCCCGAGGCUGUGCGGCACUACACGGCGCGGGCGCUGCCCGUCCGCGGUGCCCGCCACCUCUCCCUGCUCUACCCCGUGGCGGCGCAGCCCAUGUGA